AUGGCGGGUUUUCGUAACAGCAACGUCGUUAUGGAAUUCAGCGACGAGGGCAAUUCGAAUAGCUGCGACAGUUUGAUGAGCUGCGGGUCCUACGCUAACAACACGGCCACUGCAACGAACUACGACGCGGAGCUUUUGGUGGAGAAAUUCGCAGAUAUCAGCAUUCGAGACUUUCGAACUCGCCGUUGCUUUCUCGUAAAACGCAUCGAGGACUUGGCUCGCGAGCUCGUCACCGACAUCGCACAGCAGAAGGUCCCGAGCUUCGAGUACGACGACGGGCGCAACUCCGGCUGGAGCAGCUGCAGCAGCGGCUAUCACAGCACGGGCGAUGCGCGCGAGAGGCGCAUACGCUUUAACGGCAACGCCGGCCGGCAGAGGUUCACUCUGCUUCUGCACAUACUGAACGACGCCCACCGAAACCUCGUGAAUUACCUCGACAAGACCGACGAUGCCUUUUAUCGCACGAAACGCGCACUCUUCUACAUGAUGAAGAACGAGCCUAUCAAGCGGUUUGUCAAGAAGCAGGCCAAAGUCGAGUGGGGAAUCAAAAACGUCACGCUGCUUCUGGACUGCAGUCCUUGGGAAAUUGGCUACAUAUCGACCAGCAAAGGUUUGAUCGCUGGCGAUCUCACGCUACACCUGAAGAAUCCCGAUCGCGUAAUACAGUUCGAGCAGCAGACCUGCCGAGCCGUGCCCGACGUCGUGGCCAACAUCUGCCACAUUCGCACCACCGCCGAGUUCGUACUCGUCGUCGAGAAGGAUUCGGUUUUUCAGAAGCUGAAGAGCGAGGACUGCCCAAAGUAUAACAAUUGCAUCCUGGUCACGGGCAAGGGCUAUCCCGACAUUCCCACUCGCAUGUUCGUCAGCCUGUUGUCUUCAAAGCUCAAACUGCCAGUUUAUGCGCUCGUUGAUGCGAAUCCUUACGGUUUCGAAAUUAUGUGCGUUUAUAGGUUUGGUACUACAAAUAAUCUAGGGUAUCGAGAGCAACUCUUAUGUCCAGACAUGAAGUGGAUCGGAGUUCACCAACAUGAUUUGGUUAAACUCGGUAUCACUAGAAUAAAGCUUACAAAAAAUGAUUUAAAAAAAAUUCGAGAUCUACAGAAUCGCAGCUACAUCGAUCAAGAUUUUUCAAAACAGUUGAUGGAAAUGAGACUGGGCAAAGCAGAAAUUGAAUCUGUAAACAAACCAGCCUACCAUCGAUUUCUCACGCAAUAUUAUAUUCCAAUGAAAAUUCGACACAAGAAAUAUUUUUAG